AUGCGUACCUCAGCAAUGACACUGGGAAAGAAUCUUGAUCCUGCACGACUUGUUAAAGAAUUUUUGGGAAAUGAAUUGCAGACAGGUGUGGAUGCAGCCAUCCAGCAGCUCUUUUGUCCAAAACUACAGCAGCAUGUACUGAAGCCACCAGUUUCACAGCAUAAAAGGAUUGAUGUGGAACAAAUGGCAUUUGACUGGCUUACCAGAAAUCUCUACUUUGUGGACCACAUCAGUGACCGGAUCUUUGUUUGUAAUUACAAUGGCUCUGUGUGUGUCACACUGAUUGAACUGGAGCUGCACAAUCCUAAAGCCAUAGCAGCAGAUCCCAUCGCAGGAAAACUUUUCUAUACUGACUAUGGAGAUGUUCCCAAAGUAGAAAGAUGUGACAUGGAUGGGAUGAACAGAACAAGGAUAGUUUAUUCUAAGGCAGAACAGCCAGCCGCCCUAGCAUUGGACCUCAUCAACAGAUUGGUUUAUUGGGUAGAUCUCUACUUGGACUAUGUGGGAGUAGUAGACUACCAAGGAAAAAACAGGCUCACUCUUGUUCAAGGUAGACAAGUUAAACAUCUCUAUGGUAUAACUGUGUUUGAAGAUUAUUUAUAUGCAACCAGUUCUGAGAAUUUCAAUAUCAUACGAAUAAACAGAUUUAAUGGAACCGAUAUUCAGUCAAUAAUUAAAAUGGAAAAUGCUCGAGGAAUCCGAACCUAUCAGAAAAGAACUCAGCCAACAGUCAGAAGCCACGCCUGUGAAUUGGAUGCACAUGGACUGCCAGGGGGCUGUUCACACAUCUGUCUGUUCAGCAGCAGUUAUAAGACAAGGACCUGUCGCUGCAGGAGUGGCUUCAACUUGGGGAGUGAUGGCAGGUCAUGCAAAAGGCCAAAGAAUGAAUUGUUCCUCUUUUAUGGGAAAGGACGCCCAGGAAUUGUUAGAGGAAUGGACCUGAAUACCAAGAUAGCUGAUGAAUGCAUGAUCCCCAUAGAAAAUCUGGUCAACCCUCGUGCUUUGGAUUUUCAUGCAGAAGCUAAUUAUAUCUACUUUGCUGACACCACCAGUUUCCUAAUUGGCCGGCAGAAGAUAGAUGGCACAGAGCGAGAAACAAUCCUGAAAGAUGAUUUGGAUAAUGUAGAAGGCAUUGCAGUAGACUGGAUUGGAAAUAACCUUUACUGGACAAAUGAUGGUCAAAGAAAAACCAUUAAUGUGGCCAGGCUGGAGAAAGCUUCUCAGAGCCGGAAAACAUUGCUGGAGGGAGAAAUGUCUCAUCCCAGAGGAAUUGUGGUAGAUCCAGUCAAUGGUUGGAUGUAUUGGACAGACUGGGAGGAAGAUAAAAUAGAUGACAGCGUGGGAAGGAUUGAGAAGGCUUGGAUGGAUGGCUUCAAUCGACAGAUUUUUGUGACUUCAAAGAUGCUGUGGCCAAACGGCUUAACACUGGAUUUUCACACCAACACAUUAUAUUGGUGUGAUGCCUACUAUGAUCAUAUUGAAAAAGUAUUUUUGAAUGGAACUCACAGAAAGAUUGUUUACAGUGGGAAAGAGUUGAAUCAUCCUUUCGGAUUAUCACAUCAUGGGAAUUACGUGUUCUGGACAGAUUACAUGAAUGGUUCCAUUUUUCAACUAGAUUUGAUGACUAGUGAGGUAACAUUGCUGAGGCAUGAAAGAGCACCCCUGUUUGGGCUUCAGAUUUUUGAUCCACGAAAGCAACAAGGUGACAAUAUGUGCCGCAUAAACAAUGGGGGCUGUGGUACACUCUGUCUAGCCAUCCCAGCAGGCCGUGUGUGUGCUUGUGCUGACAAUCAACUUUUGGAUGAAAAUGGUACAACGUGCACAUUUAAUCCUGAAGAAAUAAUGUUUCAUAUAUGUAAAGCUGGAGAAUUUCGCUGCAAAAACAAACACUGUAUCCAAGAUCGGUGGAAAUGUGAUGGGGACGAUGACUGCCUAGAUGGGAGUGAUGAAGAUUCUGAAACUUGCUUAAAUCAUAGCUGUCCUGAUGAUCAGUUUAAAUGCCAAAAUAAUCGUUGUAUCCCCAAGAGAUGGCUUUGUGAUGGAGCAAAUGAUUGUGGCAGCAAUGAAGAUGAGUCCAACCAAACCUGCACAGCAAGAACCUGUCAGGCUGACCAGUUUUCUUGUGGAAAUGGGCGCUGCAUUCCCAGAGCAUGGCUGUGUGAUAGAGAGGAUGACUGUGGUGACCAGACAGAUGAAGUGGCAACCUGUGAAUUCCCAACUUGUGAACCUCUAACUCAGUUCAUUUGCAAGAGUGGAAGAUGCAUCAGCAGCAAAUGGCACUGCGACACGGGCAAGUACCAUGUGCUCACUGCACAGCACUGAACAAAUUGGAGCCCAGCUACCUGAAC